CAGUUUUUAUCAAUGCAAACUUGUGGCUGUAACAAUCAAUAAUGAACUGAUCCAAAACUGAUCUGUAAAGGUAAGUAAGGUGAGUCUUUCACUCUCUCUUUUAUUUCAAGGCUUUCAGUCUGAAUUUAGCAGCUUCGCCUGAACUUUAUCUGUGCAGACAGGUGUGUCACUUCCUCCUGUGGCCUGUAGGUGGAGCUGAAGGUCGAGGAUGCUCUCUCUCACUCUCUCUCACACUCUCUCUGGUUGCAUGGUUGCAGCAACAGCUCGCAGGAGGAGAGGAGAGAAGAGAAGAGGAGAAAGAGAGGUUGAGAGAUGGAGGGAUGACAGAAAAAGAUGCAGAGAGAGAAGAAGAGGAGAAAGAGACCGGGUCUACUACACGCGCUCACCUCCCCUCAUGUCUCACCUGGAACGUGUUCAGGAUUUUAACCUCUCUGCUUUUCUGCACAGAGGGGUUUGUUAGAGGAGAGCCGUGACUGGCAUCAUCAACACAUCUGACACACACACACACACACACACACACACACACACACACACACACACACACACACACACACACACACACACACACACACACACACUGAUAGAAAAGGGGAAUGUGUGUGUUGGACUCCUCUGUGAGGGAAAAGGUGAGAGCAGCGUCCACACUCCCACGCACGCGCGGAGCGGACUAACGGAGGAUUUGAGCGUGAGAGGAGCUGCGACUGAUCCGGAUCCGGAGUCGUGACGGUAUGGAGGGGCUCGGCGCGGGGCUCUGCGCGGGGCUCGGGGCCCGGCGGCCUGGCAGGAUAUGGUGCAGCUGGAGGGUCGUGUUCUUGCUCAGCAGCGUGUGUUUCCACGGGUACCUGAGCUCGCUGUUGGACUGCCCGCCCACCUGCUCAUGCUCCCCCGCGGAGAUCUUCUGUAACCGGUCGGACAGCAGCAGCUUGUUCCCGCUGCUUACCUUCCAGGGCUCCGGGAGCUCCAACAGCAGCCCGAGCAUCGAGGACCUCUUCCAGAACAUCUCCUCCAUGUGAGUCUGCUGGUUAACGUGUCUCUGUGUUUCAGUGUGAGACUGUGAGAGUGUCUCACAAUUCAGGCUGUGAUCAGUUUCCAAGUGUGUGUGUUUAUUUAGGGUUCAUAUUAGUAUGCAGGAUGAUUUCAUAUUUCUGUGAUAAAGUGAAUCUUUGUGGAGCCAGUGGAGGCCUGACUAGUCUGACUGAAGUCUGAGUAGGUCUGAGGCUGUGGGGUCUCCUCAGAGUUGAACAGAAAACUGGCCAGAGAGAAGCUUUACAGACAGCACAGAGGAGCACAGGUCCACUGGAGGAUUUGAUAAAGAUGAAUACAUAUUAAUAAACAUUAAUACACACCAUAACCUAUUCAUAUAUAGAAUAUCUCAGAUUGAUAUGUUUAAUAUUGACUAAGCCUUAGGUCAGAGGGACAGCAGACAUAGAGCCUCACUGUUAGUCAACCUCACUGCAUGCUUCUAUUUUCUUUUAUUUUGAUUUACUUUAUUUUUCUUGAUUUGAUUCGAUUUCGUGAAUAAAUCAGUCACAGCGCCAUGGUUACAGAGUGGCAGAGACUCCAACAGCUUCAUGAUGAUCUCACCACUGCUUUAUGAUUUUUUAUCAGAGAUUUAAAUAGAAAGAGUUCAUUCAGAACAAACACAUUAUGUCAUGGUGUUUACAGCUUAUCAUUUAGACUCCCAAGCUGAGCAGCGUGGUGGUGCAGUGGUUAGCUGUGUGACUGCACAGAAGAAAUGUUCACGGUUUGAGCUCUGUUCGCUGUCCUCUACCACUGUCUAACCAUAUUCUGGUUAGGUUGGCUAGAUUAUUAGCUUGGUUUAUUAGUUAGCUCAAUUAACCCAAAGUAAGGUUCAUUGAUUUGGUUGACUUUAGACUGUGCCUGUCAGUGAGCUGACAAUAAUAACAAUAAUCCAUCCAUCCAUUUUCUACUGCUUAUCCCAUUGAGGGGUCGCUGGGUGGCUGUAGCCUAUCCCAGCAUCUUGGGGCGUAGGCAGGGGACACCCUGGACAAGUCGGCAGUUCAUCACAGGGCUGACAUAUAGACGAACAACCAUCCACACUCAUGCCUACAGGCAGUUUAAAGUGACCAAUUAACCUAACCCCACUUUUGCAUGUUUUGGGGAUGUGGGAGGAAAGCGGAUUACACAGAUACAGGGUGAACAUGUAAACUCCACACAGAAACGCCCUGACCCGGAUUCGAGCCCAGGACCUUCUUGCUGUGAGGCGACAGUGCUAACCACUCCUACACUGUGCCGCCCAUAAUAACAACAACAAUAAUAAUAAUAAUAAUAAAAAUAAAAAUAAUAGAUGUUGUCAGUUCUAUGUAAUGUUGAUCAGAUUAUUACGAACACAGAGUUAAGGGAUGGACGGAGGGAUGGAUUAAGGGGUGUGGAGGUUAAAAUAACCUGGCUAGAGCUGCAGAUCUGGGGCGUCCCGCUGCGUGAGACAGAGAGCAGCUCAAACUAAACACACGAAUAUACAAAACAUGACUCAGGGCCUUAUAAACAUAGAGUCUGAACCUCUAAAGACAGGUGUCCACUGAAAGAGCCCAAAUACAAAGACAAAGAUAGGCUUCAUAGCGACAUUUUUUUACUAAUACUAAUGACAAACAAACUUUUAUUUUGGAGUUUUAGUUUUAACUCUUUUCACACAGACUGAAAUCAUCUCAUCACACUCGGAGACUAACAGACGUGGGGGUCUGUCAGAGCUGAGGAUAAGGUCUACAGGUUGGCAUGUUUGGAGUGCACUGGUGUCUCACUGCUAAGCCCAAAAUGAACAAUGGUUUAAUUCAUUUAGGAGCUGUAUGUGCAAAUGCUGUUGCAUGAAACAUAGACCCCUGGAUAUCAGCAAGAAAUAGGAAUGAUCUCAGAAUAAUUUUUCACCAAAGUGUCACUGAUUUUUUGAUGCACCCCUGCAUAUUAAUAACAGUGUAACGAUGCUAUGCAUUAAAUAAUAACCCUCCUGUUAGGUGAAUAAAAAUACAUAAAAUUAGUAUGGUUUUAAAACAAACAAAGAACCAAAAAACAAAUGACCCUUCUGACAUAAUUUUAAAUGUUUAAUUGUCUAAUAAGUAAUAAUCAUGUCAGUGUGUGUAAUCAGGUCAGUGAGAGUAAGGUCACCUUCAGUCAAACAUGAAAAAAAAGGUCCCUGUCCUCUUUCUCUGAACUCACUCAUCAAAUAUUCAAUAACAUUAGUUACAUUAUAACCAAUGUGACACACCACAUCAUGUCAGAAGGAGAGAGAGAGAGAGAGAGAGAGAGAGAGGGAGAGAGAGGGCAUGUGUGUGUGUCUGUGUCAGUGUGGGUGUGUGAGUUGAACACAGCACCAAUAUAACAUACAUGCUGUAACUAUAACUAUGCUAUGCAAAGACCCAGGAGCUGUCCACUCUGCUUGUCCACUCUGUCUUUGUCCUCUCUGUGUGGGUCCACUCCAUGUUUGUCCCCUCUCUGUUUCCAGUCUCUGUGUCCACUGCCUGUGGUUGUCCACUCUGUGUGUGUCCCCUUUUCGUGUUUCAUAUCUGUGUUCACUCUGUGUUUGUUCACUCUGUUUGUCCACUCUUUGUGUGUGUACUCUGUGUCCACUCUGUUUGUCCACUUUGUUUGUCUCAUGUAAUUUUUUUUGUGUCCGCUCUGUGUCGAGUCCCUGUUUUCCACCCUGUUUUUUCCACUCUGUGUCCCCUCUGAAUUUCACCAAACUGUUUCCUCAAGUAUGUGUCUACUCUUUGUGAUUGUCUACUCUGUGUCCACUCUGUGUGUCCACCCUUUGUGAUUGUCCACUCUUUAUGAUUGUCCACUCUGUGUGUUUCCACUCUUUUUGUCUCAUUUUAGUCCCCUCUUUGUCUCUCCAUUCUGCAUGUGUCCUCUCUCUGUGUUUGGCCCCUCUGUCUCUCCCUUUGUUUGUUUUUUUUUGUUGUAUUUUUUAUGUUAUCAUUGAAUUGUGUGAUUUAUCUCCUUAUAUUUUCUGUAUUUUGGGGUAUGAACAGUCUUGUUGUUAAAACAGGAAGUUGGACACAGCGAUGGCGUGUUGAUCCACAGAGGGCAGAAUCUGUUAAUGAGACACAUCAAGUCAGCUGAUUGAUGUCCAUGAUGGAUGAGACGUCAAUGUAAAAAUGUUUCAGAUUAUGAAAAUGAAAAUCAGUCAAUAAGCUCCUCAGUAAUUCUGUCUGACUGUAAAUGUCAAUAACUGCCUGCAUUAUGGAUCACACACACGCACGCACACACACACACAUACACACACACACACACACACACACACACACACACACACACACACACACACACUAUAUCUUUAUUUGAAUGAGUGAACAAUGAAUUUGAUGAGGAUGCAGCUGUCAAAGCUCUGUAUGAACACAUCCAUCAUCAGCUGAUUGGUCUUCACAGAGUUCAGGUUAGCUUUUACCGUGGCAACAAGAACGAUUUCAAGCUCUCGUUAAGUAGAAAAAGUUCACAGACUGAGUGAACGAACAGAGACAAACCCAAAAAGGCUGUUUGACCUGUUAGAGUGAGGUCUGCAGUUACAACAAACCACCACAGAGGGCGCCAAACAGACCUACACUGUGAUAGCUGGAUCAAAUAACCUAGUUAAUGAUGAAUUUGUUUGAUACUUUCUGACUUUUCUGACUCUUUUUAUCAGUUUAUUUUAUUAAAGGGGAAUAAAACUGAGGUUUUCAGGUUUUAAUAUGAUCACAAUCUCAUCCUUUUUAGAAAAUGAUUUGAUUCAUUCCAUACUAUUAAAGUUUUCUGUAGAUAUGGUUGAGCUCAUCAGUCUGCUCUAUGGCAGCGGGCUGCAGUCUGACGGUAUUUCUGUUUCUCAUUGGAGGAGGAGGAGGAUUUUGUAGUUUAGCAGUGAAAGCUUCGAGUCCGAGAGAGUGACUCACAGACUCUCCAUUGGAGUUCAUCUGAGAGACUUUAGUUUAUAACUGUCUUUGUUAAUCUGCUAGUCCUAAAUAAACUCAGUGAUAGUUCAGUUUGAGUUUGUUCUGUCUGCCAUUGAGGAGAAGACGGAGGACACCCUGCUGAGACAGCUGUUUCGACCCAGUCACUCAGUUGUCAUCUAUUUAAGAUACAAAACCCUCUAAUGUGUCCUUACAGUUUGACCUGGUGUUCACUAACAGAGUGAACAGGACUUUUCAGAGUUAUGUUCAUUUCUUAUCUGUGUCCAUCAUUCUUCACCAUUAUUAUAAGACCAGCAAACAUUCACUCUGGCUACCCUCCUGUUCUUUUUUUUCCCAGCAUGCAUCACUGCCUGCUCUCUCUCUUAACAGCUGAGUGUGGGAGGUUGCUGCACUGUUUCGGUUCUUUGUGUGUGCGUAUGUGCGCAGAUGUAGCAUGUCUGCAUCAUGUAUGAUUGAAAUGUGUUACCAUGGAGAUGUCUGCUGUCUCUUUAUAAAUCUCUGUUUCUGUGCCAACGUUCCUCUGUUCCUCUGUGUUUGAUGUCAUGGUGUUUGUUUAUUUAUCUGUUUAUAAAGGUAUGACAGAGAAAGAGUUUUUUUCAGAUUGUUCUGUUUCUUUUAGUCCUACAGAUCAUGAACUUCACAUCUUCAAAUAACAACACAUUUAUCGUAUGUGUCUCUGAUAUUGAAAAUCAUUUAAAGCAACAAAACGGGGAAAUUACAAAAGGACAGGUACAGGUGAGCCUCAGAGCAGGUGGAGGGCUAUACCUGUGUAAAAGUGGAGAGUCACACACCUUUGGUUUAAGCUCUAGGUUUAAGGUUCACACCCAUAUACUAAGGACUGUGAACUGUCUUUGUCUGCAGACACAUUGAGAACUGGACGGGGCUGCAGACUCUGAGAGACAUAGACAUGGAGCUGUACUCCGGCCUACAGAGACUGUGAGUACACACACACUAACAUUUACACACACUCACACGCACACCUGAUCAGUCUUUUUCAACAGAAUGAUUAAGAAUAUUAACAGCUUAAAUAAACGUGUCUUUCAGGACCAUCACCAGGAGUAACCUGCGCGCCAUACAGCCACGAGUCUUCUCCAAGAACCCAAACCUACGCUACAUGUGAGUACACACACACACACACACACACACACAUUGUAUUCAGGCUGUCCUUUUGUCUGUGUUUGUCUUCUUUCAACAAUGUCUCAGGUUGUGUCCAUCUGUCAGAGACUAAACUCAGCCCCCUCUUUAGAUCACAGAGUCAUAUCUUUCACUGAACUGUGGAUGAAUCAAACAGCUGUGUACGGUGACUGGUUGCCUGAACUAGCCCCCUCAGCAGAAACGUGCUGCUGAUUCUUGGUGAUUUGUUGUAUUUUUUGGGGCCUUGUGCACAUGUUUUUGAGCAUUUGUGUUUCUUCCUAAGAAUCGUUCAACUUGAUGCCAUUCUUCUGCCCUUAUUUGCCUCUGUGGCUUUAAGACAGAGACAGUAAAAGUUUGUCUGAAGUAAUUCUGAUCAUUCUAGCAACUUAAGUAAGAGCUAGAGGGACUUUCAGGAGCACAGCCAGGUGAGAGGUAAAAACUUCAGGCUGUGUUCAGCUUCAACAACAUAAAACACACGUAUCUUUGAAGGAAAUUGUGGAGCUCUGGGUGUCUUAGUUUUAUCACACCCUCUCUUUAAGAGGGUGGGGUUUAUAAACACCUGUUUCAGCUGGUUGGAUAAAACCUUUUGAUGAAACAUGGAUGAAAAGUCCAACCAGGAUGUUAGGGGAAGGUCCAGCCCUCCUUUGCCUCUGAUUGGCUAGAAGUGCUGGGCUCUGAUUGGUUAUUCCUUAUGGCUGUGAAACAUCUGUUGGGUUAGGGUUAGGAUUAGGGUAAGGGUUGGUGGUUCAGAAGUGCGAUCGUGUUCUGUAAUGUUCUGUUCAAUAUACAGAGCCGACAGCCCGCAUUUGGCUUGAGCGUGUGAUGACAUUUCCUGCUUUUCUAGCCAGUCAGAGGAGAAGGAGGUGGGAUCACGUCCUGGCAGGGUGUUGAUGUUUCUCUUUAAACUAAAGCUUUGUCUCUGUCUUCCAGAAAUCUGUCCAAGAAUCCCAUCACCUCACUGUCCUGGCAGAUCUUUGAACACCUGCCGCUCUUUGAACUGUGAGUACACACACACACACACACACACACUCAGAGGGCUACUGUCCGUGGUGCUGAAUCCUCCGGGCUCACUCUCUUCAGUUCAUACCUGAUAUUCAAGACACCUGUUGGAUUUAACCUGCUCACUUGCAGUGAAUUCAGACAUACUCAAGUGUCUCUUUGUGGGACCAACACGAUUCACAGCCUGAAGGAGAGGAAAACAGCACCACACACUGGACUGAAACCAUAAUCAUUAAUUUCAUUUUAUGAUUUUCUCGGUGAGCCAAGUGAAGUAAAAAUCAGAGUCAGAGGAGGAGAAGGUAAACUUUUUAACUUCUCUCUGUCGACCUAAGUUUGGUUCAUGCUGAAACUAAACGUUAAACACUUUCAGAUUAAUAUUCAGCACAGAUGUAACACACAGCAGCUGUCAGCAGUUCUUAUUUAUGUUUAAUGUUCGCAGACAUAUUUAAAGUGAAAACUGCUCUGAGGGUGAUUCAUCUAUGAUAACACAUCAUAACAUACAGAACGUCAUAAUACAGGAUGAAACACUUAAAUCAAAAUGUUUUAAUUUCACCCUGAGUGAGUACAGUCCUGUGGAAAAUAAUUAGCAGACUGACUUUAUUUAAAAGUGUAGAUAUUACAAAAAUCGAAAUAAUACUACUCUAGUAAACCAAUGAUACAUGCAAAUACACCAGUGAUAAAUUUUAAUGAGAUAAGAAAUAGAAAUUUAGAUGUCAACAUUGAAAAUAAAACAAACAAACAAACAAACAAAUGUUAAAGAUGUAAACAUCAAUACAGCACAUUAAAAGAGACGUUACAAAGUGCUUCACUUGAAACUCACAAUAUAGAAAUAAAACAGGGAAAAAAACAACAACAAGACACAUAAAUAAAAGUGACAACAAAAAUAGGAUCAAAUAUAAUCAAUCAUGGAUCAUUCUGAGCUCUGUGCAGAUAAAUAAAAAAAUAUCAACCUGUCCUGAGAUUUCUGUCCUCCUCUGACUCUGACCAUCUUCUCUGAGUGUCCGCCCGAGCUGCCCAACUCCAUCCUGUCAAACCUUUUAAAAUGUCAUCAAAAAUAAAACGCAGCCUCCAUCAGUCAGAGUAUUCAAAUGUUGAAAACGUCCUCAAGAAGACAUCUGGAAGUUUUUAGACAGAGUCAGUGUAGUUUGGGGACAGAUGAAUGAAUCUGUCUUUUCCCAGUUUGGCACGCUACAGAUUUAUCCAUAAAACCGCUGCACAGACAACUGAGGCCAUUUUUAACUGGUUAAAAAAAGUAAUAUAGUCAAAUUAUUCUACAUGCAAAAUAUCUGUAUAAAAUAUGUCAUCUAUGUCAAUCUAAGAUAUUACCAUCAUUAUCAGAGCAUCGCGCACACACACAAACACGCACAGACACUGUAUGAAGCCGAAACUGCAUGACAUGAUAUGAAAUGAUGAAACAGCAGCAUUAAAAAUACAUCUCCAUCACUCACAGGAUAUUAGGUUUUAAGGUAGCCUAUGACAUAUGCAUGAUAAUAAAUAUAUGUAUGGUGAUAGUCACUCUGUAGUCUCUGAAAACACUGGUGAACACUUCAGCAUGCACUUUGACCAGCGCUGUCAAAGUUUUUACAUCUUCUGCUGCUUGCUCUAGCAGGGAUUCUGACUAUAUCAGAUCCUCUGUGGUCUUAGCAAGCUGCUUAUUCGUGUCAUCAAGUUCUUUUUCUUUUUUGUAAAGAGUUUUAUCAAGUCUUUGAAUCUUGUCUUUGAGAUCAAGAUUUUCUUCAUGACUUAUCAGUGAGGGAAGCUUUGACGCUUCACAUCUGGCACAUCUUUUUCAGAGUGCUGUUUUCUUCUUUUUGCAACCUUUAUCUUUGCUAAAGCGCAUUCCAGCAAAUAUCUUUAUACUCGAGCUGAGAAGACAUCACGACAGGCAUGCGUCUAGUGAGCUCUUUGUCACAAAGUGUCGUGGCUAAGGCUGUUUCCAGUAAGUCAGCCAUUGCAUCCUCCUGAUUGGAGGGUUUGGCUUUUUGAAUCAUAGUCAUGUACUGAGGUAUCAGCUGACUAGUUAAGUUUAUCAACACUGUGUGUAUGUCCCUCAGGGGGUCUCCCUGGCUGGACUCUUUUUUUGUUAGGCAUGUUUGGUUUUGGUGAAGAGGUGCAGGUGGUUGGUUGAUGCGUUUGAGUUGACUUAAAAUGAAAGGAAAAAGCAAAAUAUCAAAUUAAGUGGAUUUAUCGACUUAAUUUGUCAGUGCCUGAUCAAGAGGAAAAGCCUAUCUGAGUAGAUAUCUAAUGGAGAGAAAAAUAACAAAGUUAAAUUCAUUUCAAUGAAAAUUGAAAAAAGGUGAAAUAAUGUAAAUUAAAUUUGACAUCAGAAAUGGAACCAUUGGACAAAAGGAUUAAUUUGUCUCUGUGUUGCAGAGAUCAGCAAAGCUUAAAUAAACUGCCUGGUGCAGUAGGAUGAAUUGGAAAAAUCAAUGAAAUUGUCAAUUUAAGGAAUUAACUCUGAAGUUAAUUCACAAAUUGCAAUAAAUCCAAAGGUUCAACAAAAUUACCAAAGGUGCAAAACUGCAGACAGCCAGCAGGUAGCUCCAUAUGUUUUAGCUUCAUUGUGGAGAAGAUGUGAUGCCAAUCUGGUCUUAUUAUAUAUUAUUAUGAUCUUAUUAUACAAUCUGGUCUUAUUUUGAAAACACCUGAGGAUGGAUGAGUCAGGUAAAGGUGUGUGAGGUGAUCACACUUGUUACAGAUGGACAGGAAAGAAGUGAGUGUGACAACAUGGCUGACAUGUUAUCUCUGAUCUUCCCCUCACCCUGAUCAUUAUCAUUAUUAUUAUUAUUAUUAUUAUUAUUAGUAGUAGUAGUAGUAGUAGUAGUAGUAUUGUUAACAGUGCUGAUAUCGGUCUGUGACUGAAAGAACUGAUGUGUGAACCUGAAAAUAUGAAUUAAAGAAAAUAACAGCAGAGCUCUGAGUACAAACAGUUACAUAAAUACGAUCCCUGAGCUCCAUGAUUCACUCUGUGUGUGUGUGUGUGUGUGUGUGUGUGUGUGUGUGUGUGUGUGUGUGUGUGUGUCUACAGUCACCUGGAGGAGGUGGUGUUCACCUGUGGCUGUGAGAUUCGCUGGUUGCAGCUAUGGCAACAGAGAGGUGAGGCAGGGCUUAGUGGCCAGCAGCUUUACUGCGCUUCUGACUCCAUUAGGAUCUCUCUGCAGGACAUGAACAUCAGCAACUGUGGUGAGACAUACGCACACACUCACACAUUCUCAGUACAUAAGAUAUUUUCACUGACUUAAACCUAGUUUGUGUAUUCAAAAAUAACGCCGCAUUUUAAAAAUUGUAAGUGUUUGUAUUGAGGUUUUAAAGCCUUGUUAGACCCCAGCAGCCUAAAUUCUGCCCCUAGUGGUUAUUUGCUUAAAAACAAUACAAAAAUACAAAUAAGAGGCCUGCCCUGUAAAUAAGAUGCAGAAAAGACACGCUUUUAUGCUCGUGGUCAUAACAGUUCCUAUCAAUUAAAGCUAAGAUGGUUGUGACAGUUAUAAUUAGUAUAAAUCAAACUGAGGUCGUCCUUGGCCUGAAUCAGCAGAGAGACAAUAUUCAGACCAGACAGAGCAACAUAUCAGACCAUUACACCAAAAAAAUGAUUUUUGCCCAAUGACAUGCUUCAAAGAUUUCUAUUUGAUUUUUAGUUUGCAUGAAAUGGGUGAAUGUUUAAACUCUCAACCCCCUUCUCUCUCCGCCCCCCAGACCUCCCUGAGAUCAGUGUAAGUCACAGUAACCUCACUGUGGUCGAGGGUGAUCGAGUUACGGCGAUCUGUAACGGCUCAGGAUCACCUUUACCUGAAGUGGACUGGCUUGUGAACGGCCUGCACUCCAUCAGCGCACAUGAGGUACACACACACACACACACACACACACACACACACACACACACACACACACACACACACACACACACAUUAGGGGACUGAUGACUGAUGACUUAUGGACUGAACAUGCUAUUAACCCCGCUGACACUUGGGUUUGUGCUCACACCUUACAGUCCAAGGCUUUUUUCCAUUUAUCCUAAAGGUUUCCAUGGUAACCAAUAAAACUAAACAUCUCUGACUGUGACCACCAUGUUUUUAUCCAUGCAGACCCAAAGUCUGACUGUACAGAUGAGGACAGCUCUGGGCUCGGUCCAUCAGUCUGUCUUUAGACUUCCUGUCAUGGUUUCCCUGCUGCUGUGUUUCCCCUCUGCCUCUACACUGCCCUCUACUGCUCAUCUCUCUAAAUAAUCAUGGGUCCAUGGAGUAAAUCUGCAGCCUCACACAGAAAGAGAGUGAGGAACAUAGAGGACAAAAAAAAAACUUGCUCAGCACAAACCAUGUGCUGGUUUAGUGUCACAGAGAGCUGAGGGCUUCAUCAGGCAGACGACCUCCAUUUGGAUGAGAGACCCUGCCUAAAGCACGCCACGAUGUGUCAGAGACAUGCUGAGACGUGUGCGUACAGCUGAUUGGACACACUGAGUCUCUAAAAAAUGCAGACAGACAUCUGAUCCAAGUCCAACAUGCUGCACUGUGAUGAACCAUUGACAACACCAGGAAGAGUGUGGGGAAUGGCGAGAAGACAGAGAAUUGUUGCUAAGAACAGUCAUUACCUGGCGAGUGAUGUCAGUGAUUAUCAUCGUUUUAAUGUGCUCAGGUGAACCUCAGAGCUGUCAGUGUAAACUACAGCCAUACAGUCUGUCACAGGUCUGCUGAUCUCACAGUGUAACCAGCUGUCUGCAGGUGGCGCUCCUCACCUGUGGAGUUGUAUGAUUAGUGACACCUGAGACUCACUUAGUGAUGUGUUGUGAAGGAAGCGUCACAUGAGGAUCAUCUCCAGGACAGACUGAGCAGGACAGGAGACAAUCACAGUCCGACUAGAGACUGAAUAGAGCCCCUUCUGGCUCUCUCAGGUGCUUGCACAGGUACUAACAGGUUAGUUCAGCAUACUGUCUGUCUCACCUGACGGCAGGUUAACUAACAGGUGAGCUGAUCAUCAUCUCUUAGAACAUCCCUAUCAUAGUAAACCACAGCAUUAAAACAUCAAGAGGGUCACCUCAGAGUUUCAAAUAGAAGAUCUGACAGACGCUACCUAAACAACGAGGCAUUCAGGAACAGUAGGUUAAAUCCAUGAACACUCAUCUAAAUCUUUGUUUUUUAUUCAAAGACGUUAAGUCACAAUGAGUCUCAAAGAGAUACAGAAAGUCAUAAAGACUCAUAAGGGUCAUAAAAAGUUGAAAAGACUCUAAAAGAGUCAUAAAGACUCUAAAAGUGUAUAAGAAAGUCCAAGAGUCAUUAGUGCCAUAAAGAGUUAAAAAAGGUCUAAAAGAGUUAUGAAGAGCUAUUAAAAGUGAUAUUAUUAAAAAGUUUAAAAGGGUUUUUUAAGGUUGUAAAAAGUCAUAAAGACUUCCAAACAAUCAAAAAGUCCUAAAGCAAUAAAAGGUUUUGUGUUUGCAUGUGUGUGUGUGUGUGUUUGUGUGUAUACAGGCACAAGUGUAUAACAACACAAUCCACUCCAUCAAAAUCACACUGGUCAACGUCAGCAGAGAUGACAACAACUUCCUGUUAACCUGCACUGCCACAAACGUGGUCGGCAUGACCAAUGCCUCAGUACAACUUACUGUGCACUGUGAGUACACACACACACACACACACACACACACACACACACACACACACACACACACACACACACACACACACACACACACACACACACACACACACAGUUGCGCAGAGACAGUUCUGUCCUCAUGUCUGCAGAAUAAUAUCACUGUUUGACAAAACUUAUAAACUCUGUUUUCUCUUUGUGACAAUAUGUGACAUGUAUUUCCUCUCUCCUCUCUCCUGUGUCCUGUCUCCUGUGUCCUCUAUUUUCUCUCCUUUCUCCUCUGUCCUCUCUCUUCUGUCCUCUCUCCUCUCUUCUGUGUCCUCUCUUUUCUCUCCUCUCUCCUUUGUCCUCUCUCUUCUGUCCUCUCUCCUGUGUCCUCUCUUUUCUCUCCUCUCUCCUCUGUCCUCUCUCCUUUAUCUUCUAUCCGUGUCUUCCUCCUCCCUUGUCCUCCUCUCCUCAGUCCCUCCCGUGAUCAUUCGGCUCAGAGAGCCUGAGCGUCGCCAUGACACCUGUAUUGAGUUUACGGUGCGAGGGUCGCCCCACCCAUCCCUGCGCUGGUUCUACCAGGAUGAGGUGCGUUUGAUUUAUCCCUCAGUAUGUCUGUGAAAAGUUUAUCUCCCUCCUGAUUGGUCAGUGUUCAGUUUUCUGUAAAUUGAGCGGACUGCGCACAUUUAUGGUCAAUUUUUGGUCUGUGUGUCGACCUUAGUGAUAGCAGGUGAUGUUAACUCACCAGAAGCUGAAGAUGGCGUGUGAUGACAGUGAAUGACCAAGCUACAAAAUAAACUACAAAAACUGAAAAAUAAAUAUUGCCCAACUUGUUCUCAGACUCUGGGCCUGAUCUACUAAAGUUUGCUAGUACAAAAACAUGCAAACUCGAUAGUACAUGCAAAGCUGAUCUACUAACCGGGUGCACCGAGGAUUGUGUCUGUCAAAUUUUGCAAAACAGCAUGCGCAAUCCAUUUAGCAUGUUUGCCCUCAUGAAUAUUUAAAAUGUAUGUCUUCCCCUGAGAGAGAGAAAGAGAAACUCUUCCCCCCUCAGAAAUAAAAACAAUGGAGUAAUAGUAAUGUAAUGCCAUUUUGGCGCGUCUCCCAGAAUAGGUUUUCUGGUGUUCUGUCCCAAGUGUUGAAUGCUAUUGCUAUGUCACACAGGAUUGGCCAGUAUAUCCAGUUCCUAUGCUCUUGGGACACAGUAAAUGACACAAAACACGGCAGGUCUUGGUUGAGUCUUGGAGGCUGAGUGCUGGAGAGCUUUGGGUCUAAAAGCUUGUGAUUUAUUUCGAUUUUUAUUAAAUUACAAUUUUGAUAAAUAAUGAGGUCAAACAAGAAACAGACAGAACAAUGUAUCUCUUUGUCUCAUUGAUUUAAAAUUCUUUUAAUUUCCUUUUUUUCAUUUCAAAUAUAUUUUGUUGCAUCUGUAAAGCACUUUGAAUUGCCUUGUGUAUAAAUGGUGUUAUACAAAAAGCAUGCCUUGCUUUUUACGCAGUUGCUGGCUUCCCCAAAACGAUAUGUGCAACUCCAUGGCUUCAAACUUCAUUUUUCGGCUACGACUACUCUGCUCUCACAAACUCUCCAUGGUGACAGCUGGUAGCACACGCAAAAUCCUUGUUUGAAGAGGGCGGUCCGCAUCACCUUUGCACCUGUUAUCAAUUGGCAUGCACUGAUAGCAGAUCACCCGCAACACAACCACUAAAAGCAUGUGCAAUUUUUUAAUUUGCACACACAAUUAGCGCCCCUUAUUUGGGAUGUUCAGGCCCUUAGGGUCAGGGCCGAAUCAAGUUAGUCACUUAGUAUGAGACUUAAGUGCAGCUCGAGUCCCAAUUUGAGGCCCCAUCUCUGGUUCACACUUACUUUCUGCUGUGUCAUAGUAUCAUGGUGCUUUAAUUUUUUUCUGCUGUGUCAUAAUAUACCGCUGGUUUAUUCUUUCUGAAGUGUUAUGGUUUCAUGUCUGUUAAAUAUUUUGAAUGUCAUGGUUUCAUGCUGGUUUGAUAUUUUGAGAUGUGUCAUGAUUUUAUGCUGGGUUGUUGUUUUUUGCUUUGUCAUGGUUCCCCCUCGGUUUACAUGUAAACUAACCCGUGUCUUGUUUCUCUUUCAGGAGAUCAUGCACACAGAGUAUGUGCGUCCUGACAUGGAUAGUUAUCAGGAUUACAUCGAGGGUUGCCUCACUUUUAAAAACCCGACUCAUCAUAAUAAUGGGAACUACACUCUGGAGGCCACAAACUACUUAGGAGCUGCCAGCAGCACAGUGUACGGACACUUCCUAGAUAAACCAUUCGACGGUGGGUUCACAAAAUGAAAACUUGCUUACUUUGAGUCAUAUGAGAGGAUUUAAUAGAUUCAAAUGUUUUAAGUUGUUUCGAGAUAAGAAUAAAACAGCUCAGCUUUACAUUAACAUGAAGGGUAGCUUGUUUGCUCACCUGUAUAACCUGUAGCUCUCCUGUGUGACUUGUGGAUCACUUGUAUGAGUGCUGGUAACGUUGCAAUUUCAGUAUGACGGCCAAGCGACAUGGACAGCUUGAUCUGAGGGAUAAUGAAUACAAUAGUUAUCUUUGUGCUUUAGCAACAAUAAAAUGGGUACACAACUGGUUUCCCACCAUGUGCACUGUCAUCAGAAUGAAAUAUCUGUGCCAAACGAUAAAAUCCUCCAACCCUCCUGAUUUUUUUCGUAAUUUGACUACUGAGCUCACCUGUCUUGUUUUCUCUGCCCCUCUCAGGUUCUGAUGGAGAUUAUGAUUAUGGUGAGUGUUUUUGCUUCUUAGGGGGUUAAAUGACAGAACAGUGGCAGUCUGAUGUUGCGAUCACACCAAGCGCAACAAAAAUCACCUACAUGCUAAAUUUGCGCAUGUCUGGAUGCACACAUGUUGUAUAUUUUCUGGCUUGAUUCGUGCAAAUGACACUCUUAAUUUGGGUGUUUGUAUUGUGUCUGUAGAAUAUCCUAACAUCCUAACACAUGUGAUUGCAAGAGAGGAGACAGAGAGAGAGAAGGGGUUCUCGCAUGUCAAGUCUAUUUACAUCAAACAUAGCAGAUUUUAAACACAUUGUAAGGAUCUGUUGAGUUUAAACAUCUUACCAGCUAAUCAAACUUCCUCACUCUCUUUCCUCCAGCUGAGCUCUUUUUUACUUCUGUCUCAGGAUCACAGAAAAGUUGUAUUCUACAGCCCAGUUGGCUGCAUGUAAUUCACUUGCACGAUGAAUUUACUUGAGUUUGGUGUGAACACGACAUAAGUUGAUCUCUAACUCUGAGAAUGAAGUGCUACCUCUGACACACAGAGGAAUUAUUACCUGUAUAACCUGACUCAGAUGGAUUAUUAGCUGUAUUUAUUAUCUGACUCAGAAGAAUGGUUUUAGAGAUCUAAAUAUCUUUGUUUUUGUCUUUUAGUGACCCAGCCCACAGAGACCUUCCACAAGGAAGAAAACCCUGGGGUGAGUCUUCAUCAGAUAUUACAGAACUUGGUGUAAAUUAUCUCAAUUGAAUUUAAACACAUUUAAACAUGCUUUCACUGAUUAAUGGUAGUUGUCUGCUCUGGGAUAAUAAAGAGGAUCUUUGAAUUGGUCCGACCAGCAGUUCCAUGUUUUUUAUGAUCUCUGAGGUUAAGCUGAUGAAAGUUUAGGCUGUCUGAAGAUGUGUCAGAGCCUCAGUUUUUACUCAUUAUAAAAGUGUAGCUCUGAGUUUAAUGACAAAUAUCACCCUCUAUCCUUUCUUCUCCUUUCACUCUCCUACUCUCUCCUUCCUCCCUCUUCUCUCCUCUUCCCCCCUACUCUCUCCUUCCACCCUCCUCUCUCCUCGUACUCCCCUCUCCCUCCUGUUUCCUCUCUCCUCUCCCUCAGGUGUCCAUCGCUGUGGGUCUGUCAGGCGUUGCCUGUGUGAUGCUGGUAGUCUUCUUCCUGCUCUUUAACAAAUAUGGCCGCCGCUCAAAGUUUGGAAUGAAGGGUAAGAAGAUGUUGAGUUGUUUGUGUUUAUUAUUCUUGAAUUUAGAAUUUUGGUUUCUUUCUACUGUCUACAUGACAGUAGGAAGAUUUUGUGUGCAAUCACAGCUGCUGGUGCAUUUUAGCAGCUGCUACACACCGACUGCUGCUCUGACAUUAACACAUGUAUUUAUUAUUAACAAACAGUGAUCAGUGUUCAUGCUAAAAUACAUUUAUAGAGCACUGACAUAUGUGUCUGCACACCCACAGGGGCCUGUGUGCAAAUAUGUAUGUACGUGUCAGUUUAACUAUGAGAAUAAAAUGGUCUGAAGGAAACAUAGUCAGGAAAUUAUACUGUACUGAUAUAAAAACAAAAACACUCACACACACCAGUCUUGGGGGUACACACAAAGAAACAGCAGAUCAACCAUCUGUUGAUCAGAUCCAUCUGUUCACUUAGUGCUGUUCAUAUUACUGCCUGCAAGGCACACACACACACACACACGCACGCACGCACGCACACACACACACACACACACACAUACAGAUUAAAAGCACUGAUAUGAAGCUGAGACAAGGAGGGGUGAUUUAAUUUUGUUUCUAUAAAUCAUCAUUUUUUUAAUCAGAUAAUUUCACUCCCUGCUGCCUGUCUGCCAAAAUAGGGUUUUAUUUACUUAGACAGUAGAGUGUGUGUGUGUGUAUGGGUUUGUGUGUGUCCAUAGGUUUGAGAUGAAAUAAAGGGGUCUAAAAACACAACAUGAGACUUUAUCAGUCAUCUUGUCCAAAGAAUAACAGAAAAAGACUGAGAGAUCCAACAACAGGAGAAGAGAGAGAGGGAGGACCAGAGAGAGAGAGGACAAGAGAGAAGAAGGAUGAGACAGAGAAAGAGAGAUGAUGAUGAUGAGAGAGAAGACGCUGAUAUUCCUGACCCUUUCUGAGAGUGUGACACAAACCAUCUGUUGUUUGACUCAGAACACCCUGAACCCUCAGGGCUGCCCUUUUAUUCUCUCUCUCUCUCUCUCUCUCUCUCUCUCUCUCUCUCUCUCUCCCUCUCUCUCUCUCUCUCUCUCACACACACACACACACACACACACACACACACACACACACACACACACACACACACACACACACACACACACACACACACACACACACACACACACACACACAUAUCUGUAGAAUAAAAGUCACCUGACUUGAUGUUAUGGCUCUUAGUUGUUUUACUCAGGAUUGUUUGUUCUGCAAUUUCUUACAUGUUUCCUGUUUUUCUGUCUGCUGUUCACUCUGCUGUCUGAGGGAGAAAGACUAACCAACAUUUAUUACAGCAUAAUUUCCAAACUCUCAAGUAGUUAGACGAAAUAUGAAGUAGUUAGAGAAACAACUAAACAGAUAAAAAGUUGUGUAAUAUUAAGAAACAGCUGGAGGAACAUCGCUCACUUCUGACGUGAAUUUCCAACAGGUUUGUAACAUGGCUGGGUAUAAAAAAGGACAUUUCAGAGAGGCUGAGUCUCUCAGAAGGAAAGAUGGAAAGAGGUUCACCACUCUGUGAGAGACUGUGUGAGCUAAUAGUUCAACAGUUUCAGAAAAAUGUUCCAGAGUGUCAAAUGUGAAAGAAUGAGUGGAUUUUGUCAUCUACAGUCCAUAAUAUCAUUAAAAGAUUUGGAGAAUAUGGAGAAAUCUUUGUACUAAAGGGACAAGGACUAAAACCAAGACUGGUUUGCAGAUCUGAUGAUAUGGGGAUUAUCAGGUCCAUUUCAUGGGUAUCUUCCACAUCUGUAAAGGCUCCAUUAAUGCUGAACAAUAUCUACAGGUUUAGGAGCAACAUCUGCUGACAGCUUGGCUCUGUAGUUAAAGAGUCCUGACUUGUCCCCCAUUUAAAACAUUUGAAGCAGGUUGGAUUUAGCUGUUUGAUCAUUUAGAGGAGUGUUUAGAGUGUAAUAUGAAUCAGACCAAUCCAAGUGUCUGCUCUCAGUCCUGUUAAGAGUCAGGCGAUCCUGUAGACUGGGGCUUUACCAUUUACACAGCAGAUUUGAGCUUUUCCACUAAAAUAAAAUCUGUUUAGCUAACUAUUCAUGAACUCUAAAUCAGGAUAACAGAACAAGUUUAGAUCCCUUUCUCUAGUUACCCUUCGCUUGAUCCUUUAUCCUUAAGCACGAGUCUUAUUAAAGUCUUGUUCUGCCUCUUAUUUACUGAUCUGAAUAUUUAUUUCAUUAAGUUUAGAGGGUUACUGGAUGUUAGAGUCAUUAUGUUUCAUUUCAUUUACUGUAUUUGUACCUUUAAUGCAUGUGACAAAUAAAUUAAAUUAAAUCAAACUGAAUUAUUCAGACAAAUUAUACAUUUACAGUAUCUCCGGGAAAAGAGGAUGACCAAAAAUAUACUGACUAAAAUAUCAGAGAGGAUGAGAUGAGGCACACAGAUAUCUGCUAAGUACUAGUCAGUAAAUGUCUGUGUCAUGAUGAAUCAGUUUAUAUCAGUUUAAUGGUUUCAGUCAGAUUUAUCAGCUCUAACAUGUUUCUGAUUCACCGGAGGAAAAAAGCUUUUAGAGAAUUUAAUCCAAUGUAGACUUCCUGUUUCUAUUUUAAUACAGCAGCAUACUCUCCUGUGUGUGUGUGUGUGUGUGUGUGUGUGUGUGUGUGUGUGUGUGUGUGUGUGUGUGUGUGUGUGUGUGUGUGUGUGUGUGUGUGUGUGUGUGUGUGUGUGACUGAUCUAAACUCUGUAUGAAUGUUUUCUUCUCAAACCAUCAUUCACCUACAGGCAGAUAAAUUAUUUCUGUAUAUUCAUGAGGACUUGUUAAACACACACACACACACACAAAUGUGUGUAUUAUUAUUAUUUUUAUAACAAAGCACAAUUUUAAAUGAAACAGCGAUUGAGACCGCAGAUACAUAGAUUACAAACACCCACAUACACAUGUGCACUGAACUUGCUUCGAUUUUGAGGGUAUUUUCUUACAUCCUUAAUCUGGAUAUAUUCCAUGCGCACACAACUUUAUAUUUAAAUGAACUUUGUCAUUAAAGACCUCUUACAAACAAACAAAAUCCAUCCAUAAAUUCUGUAACUUAAGACAAGAGUGCCUUUGUCAUUUAGACAUCGAGAACAUACGUCUGGGAUACAGGGGUUACAUUCUCAUCAACCGUUUAAUUUGAAGUAAUUCCAAUCUUGUUUUGAUUGUUACGAUUGUCCCACAUAUGUGUAAAGUUCAGCUAGUGUGGGCUCUUUAGUAUGUACCACCAAUAUGCUUGUUAAUAAUUAUAUUUUUAAGAAAAGCGUUUCAGUGUUUCAGUAUCUAAAAGUAUGGAUAUGUACUUAAUCGUGAAUCUGGAAUGAAGUAUUGCUCAUUGUUUACCCAGAUUGUAGGUUUUUUUAAAUGAAAAUAUUGUAAUGCUGAUGUCAGGUGGGCAGCUGUUUAAUAUCAUCUGAGAUCGGGGAGUUGAAGUCCUCCCCUCUCAUAGGGCAUAUAUGAUAGUUUAAGGUGAAGCCUGGCCUUUCUAUUACUCCAAAUGAAUUGACCAACUAACUUGUUGAGAUUGUUGUGAAAUGUAUUUGGUAAUGGAAAUGGGAGUGCUUGAAAAAAUAAAAUUGUUCGAAUGGUCGUUUUUAUUAUAUUUAUUUGUCCAAUCAUAGAUACUGGUAAAUUGGACCACUGAUUUGGUGCCUCUCUCACUUCGUUAAUCAGGUGGUCAUAAUUUGCUGGAACUAUUUGUUGAAGUUCAGGUGUGAUUUUGAUACGUAUUUGAUAAGUAUUUAAAACUGUCAGUGGUUUUCAGAAAAGAAGUAUUAAUGACAGGAUUUUGUCUUUCUUCCUGACUGAGAAACAUUAUAUUAAUGUAGCAUUAUUGGUUGUAAAACCAAAGACCCCCCCCCCCCCCCAAAAAAAAAAAAAAAAAAAAAAAUUCAAUUAAUCUUACCAAGUUUGGGAAAGGAAGACUAUAAUGUCAUCUACAAAGAUGAUGUGGUGAUCUAUUGUAAUACCUGUUUAUCCUGAAUGCGGUCUUACUCUUUUACACACAAGUGGUACAGAGUGAUACAGAACUAAAAUAGAAUAGAACAGAAUUGAGUAAAAUAGAGCAAUAUAAUAGAAUUGAAUAGAAAAGAAAAGAAAAUAGUGGAUUCGAAUACUAAAUAAAAUAAGACAUAAUUGGGUAAAAUAUAGUGGAAUAGAAUCAAAAAUGAUAGAACAUCAAGUGAUCAUGCUCUGAUUUCAUUCCAUCUAUACAUUUUUUUAUCUAAGUAGUCACAGGCAGAUGUAGAAAAGAAAAAGACAUUAUCAGAGCAGCAGAUCAGCUGUUCCUUUAAACAGGAUUCUGACUGGUCAGCUGGUGAAGAAGCUUAUCUUUGCUUUCUGUGUCCUCCUCUCAAUAACUCUAUGUCCCUUUCUGUUUUCUAAUUCUCUCUCGCUCUGUUUCUGUCUGUCCAUCAGGACCGGUGGCGGUUAUCAGUGGGGAGGAAGACUCUGCGAGUCCUCUUCAUCAUGUGAACCACGGGAUCAUCAGUCCGUGCACAUUGGACGGAGGAGCAGACGCUGUGGUGAUCGGGAUGACAAGGAUCCCCGUCAUCGAGAACCCACAAUACUUCAGACAUGUACCCAACUGUAACAAACCCACUACCUGUAAGAGUAUACACACACACACACACACACACACAUAGAGUGUGUAGCUGUAGUCUAAUGUGACUGGGUCUUCAUUUCCUCUCUUGGGGGGGGAUUGGGGUCAAUCAAACUCACAAACAAAUCUGAGGUCCUCCCUCUGAGCUUGUUUUUCACCUGCAGGUUUUUUCUAGAGCUCACAGUCAGACCAAACAUUACCCUUCUCCUCGACACUAUGUGGAGGCAGUCACUGGCAGCAAAGGCAACAGUCCAAACCACAUAUUGCAUGCAGUAUAAAACAGUUGGACUUUGAAAAAGGAGAUUUAUCACCAUGUGGUGAAGUAUUGGAUGACCUUCCAGAGUACUUAUUUCGUGCCACUGCGCAGGGUAGUGCAGUCUGUGCAGUGGUAAUUUAGAGCAGCGCAUCCCUGUGAGCACCCAAUUUGGUAAAUUGGGGGACCAAGGUGCACCGAGAAGCGCCAAGAUGGGCGUGGUAGCACAGUAGGAGAAGGGGUCGACAGGAUCAGCUCGCGCAUUGACAAUUUUAUGCCCGGCGGUGCAGAGAUGGCGCCAAAAGCUCACAGAUUCCAACCUGGUUAGCUUUCAGCGCAGGCGGAGCGCAGCUGGUCAAGUGGUAAAUUGGUAAACUGGCACAUCAGUGUGACACAGGACAGACGCUUAUGUCUUCGGGGACAUAUUGAAACUUGACAUCAUAAUGAGCUUUCUUACAAGCAUUGCAAUCGGCUACCGCACACAUUUGUCCCACCAUCGUCCUCUCUACUUCUAGGAGUGUGGCCUGCAGAACAGAGUCUGAACCUGCUGUUUUGGUCUGCCAGAGGUUGACAGCGAUAUGGAUGCAGUAAUACUCAGAAAUGCAAUUUUGCUCUUAGUUUUCUCAAGAUAUGUCAUCUAGCACUAGAAAAAUGGGUCUCUAGAUCAGUCAGAAUAAAGUUAUAGAGAUGGGAUGGAGACAGAAAUAAAUAGUUUGAUAAUAGGUUUGAUGUUAGAUUGUCCUCAGGAUGAGGACAGACGGGAGACCACAGACCUCUGAUGAGUUUUAUCAUAAUUCAGUACCUUUAUUUUAACCCACAAACUCAGUCUGCUAGUGCAGAGAAAGGUCUGAAAUGAUGUUCAACAAUCAGCUGACUGUGAGGAUAAUUAGAUUUAAGUCAGUGUGUUUUAUGGAGAAGGAAAAGAACCGGACAGAAAGACAUCUUUAAUGUUUUUAAACUGCUAACUUGAAGAUGCUAACUGUCUUCCUUCUCUGACUCUCAGAUGUUCAGCACAUUAAGCGCAGAGACAUCGUCCUGAAGAGAGAGCUUGGUGAAGGCGCAUUCGGAAAGGUGUUUUUGGCCGAGUGUUAUAAUCUCAGCCCCACCAAGGACAAGAUGCUGGUUGCAGUCAAGGUCAGUUCAAGGUCACAGGUCAAAGGCAGAGCUCUUCCUGUCUCACUGCUCCUUCGCCUUUUUUCACAGUGACCAUUCAGUCUGUUUGAAAUUGAUCUGUGUGCUUUAAAUCUAAUUUUAUAUGAAAGAAUAUUAAAGACAGAAACGGUGAAAGGAAAACAGCAGCAGGUUUACUGAGGAGACUUCAGACCAGGAAGGGCAGACACCAGGAGGAACACAGAAAGAGAGAACAAGAGAGAGAGGGAGGAGAGUCUGCAGGAGGUCAACUUUGAGAGAAAAGCUGCAGUUUUUUAAACAAAUCAAAUCAAAUCAAACUAGAAAUAGAGCUGUGCAAACAGAAGAGAGUCAGUAGUCAUGAGAAGAGGAGCUCUGAGAGGAAAGGGGCUGAGAUGGAGAUGCAGAUGGAUAAGGGGUUACCAUGGUAACAUCUCUGUUACAAAAAGGAAUAUGAGUGUUUUGUUCCACUAUAUUGAAGAGGACUAUCUUUUCAUAAUAAGCAGCCAUUGUCUUUGUCUCUUUGACCCACCUAAGCUCCUCUGAUAGCAACAAACAACCAGACUGAAGCAGCAGAGGACAGAGACAAUGAUCAAGAGACAAGGAGAUAUUAUAAUGAUGAAGGGAGACAGAGAUAGCGCCCCAUAUUUGAGAUCUUAGUAGAUCAGGCCCUAAGAGUGGACUUCAUUCACAUUCAUAAACUCACACUUUAACCUGUUGUGGGUUUUUUUGAACAGAGUGUAUAAACCUUAAAAAUGUGAUCUUAACAUUUAAACCCCCGUCUCUCUGUCUCUGUUUGUCCGUCAGACUCUGAAGGACCCAACUCUGGCAGCUAGGAAGGAUUUCCAGCGAGAAGCGGAGCUGCUGACCAACCUGCAGCACGAACACAUUGUUAAGUUUUAUGGUGUGUGCGUGGACGGAGAUCCGCUCAUCAUGGUGUUCGAGUACAUGAAACACGGAGACCUUAACAAGUUCCUCAGGUCAGCCUCACUUUCCUCCAUAUCCUCUAUCCUUCUUACCACCUUCUACCCCCCUCCUGCUUCUUCUUGUGAUCUGAAGGUAACUCCCUGUUAUCUGUUUUCCCUAUUUCUGCCCACCUACUCUUCCUGCUACCUUUACAACCCGCCUCCACCCCAGAUCCUCCUUUUUAUGUUGUCUGAUUUUACCUGAAUCUCAUGCACUGGCACUGAUGCUGUUGUAUUCUGAUCUCUGGUGGUCUUUACUGUUGCUCUUCCUGGCUUGGCUUUUUAUGUAUGCACAAACAAAGACUUUGUCAUUCUACAUAAAAGGGCAGAGAGCUCCCAGAACUGACCCAAACCAACUAUAAAAUAAAAAUUCACUUUGACUGAAAUACUUUUGUUGAUAAGGUAAUAACAGUUUGUAUUUUUCACCAUCUUCAGUGGAUGUAGAUUGUCCCUUUUAGAAGAGCUGAUGUGGGGCUGAGGCUGUGGUACUUGUUACAGUAGUUGCUAUUUUAACUCUUAGCCAUGAUCCUUUGCUGCAUGUUAUCCCCCAUCUUUCUACUCACUACAAGAUAUAAUAACAAAGGUGAUAUUUCAUCCUCCACAGCAGCACUGUGUUUGAGAGCAGAGAAAUGUGAGCUCAGAGUCUGACCGCGGCAGAGCUUCAUAUAAUGAGAUCAUGUGAUCAGAGUUUAUUUGUCAGCCUGAUGUCUGCAGAUUCAAUCAGAGAGAUCUAAUUUACUCUGAAUGAGUGAAAAGCUUCACUGUGUAAUGAAAUGAGGAGCUCUGUUAUCUCUCCACUUCAUUACAGCGCUCACACUGUUUAUUAUUCAAGCUUUUUCAAAUCUUCUGACUGAUCCAAUAAACAGGAUCGGAGCCCCUUCUUAACCAGUUACAGGUUAGUUUUACUCCAUGGACAUAUAUCUUUCAGGGUCGAGCUCGAUGCGUAGAAAUACAAUGUUUCCCAGUAUCUGGCACAUAGCUGUAGUUUGUAGUUUCAUUUUGUCAUUAUGAGCCAGAAUGAGUCUGUCUGAAUGGGUUUUAUGAGCUGAUAACAAUUAUUCAUGAUAAAAGCUGAAUUUGCUGUGGCAGCAGAAUCAGCACAACUUAGAAACAGACGGUAAAUUUAAGUUGUUUUCACAUUUGAAAAUCAAAAAUAUCCACAAAUGCUGUUAAUUCACUGCAGCCUGUGUGACUACAGAUAAUGAGCGCUGAGAUUUCCUGACUUCCCUGAAUGUAUCAGAAAUCAUGGAUCUGACCUCUUUUUUUUUCUUUUGAGACAUGAGACUACAGACAAUUGAAUUUCCUUCAGGAAUCAAUAAAGUUCUCCUCCUCCUUCUUGUUGUUGUUGUUGUUCUUCUUCUUCUUUAGACUCUCCACAUACAGACUAUUAUGUCUCCAGAUCAGUGUUUGUGUUUGUCUCCUCUGUCUAGUUACUGUUUUUUGUCUCCUCACCCUGAUCCUCUUUGUGUCUCUGUCCUCAGAGCUCAUGGGCCCGACGCCAUGAUCCUGGUGGACGGACAGCCUCUGCAGACAAACGGGGAGCUGGGUCUGUCUCAGAUGCUGCACAUUGCCAGUCAGAUUGCAGGGGGGAUGAUCUAUUUGGCAUCUCAGCACUUUGUGCAUCGUGACCUGGCCACCCGGAACUGUUUGGUGGGGAACGGCCUGCUGGUGAAGAUCGGAGACUUUGGCAUGUCCAGAGACAUUUACAGCACAGACUACUACAGGGUGAGGAAAUGGGUGUUAUUUUAUUAUCUAUCUAUCAAGACGGAGAAACCCAAGUAUAGUUUAUAUCAUUAAUGUCAAAUAAAAGGGACCUGGGGUUUUCAGUUCAUGGACGGCCAAAAAAACCAAAAAGUUAAACAGAAGAGAACAACAGAGAGAGAUAUCAGAGAAAACACUGAUGGAUGUAACUGAUAUAAAUGAUGGAUGCAACCUGGAUGAAAUUGUUCAGGCUGAGAUUUUAAGUCUUACUUACUGAAACUUACUGAAACUUACUGAACCAAACUUUCUGUUUGGUGUGUGUGUGUGUCGUCCAGGUUGGGGGUCACACAAUGCUGCCUAUCCGUUGGAUGCCUCCAGAGAGCAUCAUGUACAGGAAGUUCACCACAGAGAGUGACGUGUGGAGCUUCGGGGUCAUCCUGUGGGAGAUCUUCACAUACGGCAAACAGCCGUGGUUUCAACUUGCCAACAACGAGGUACACUCUGUUUUUUUUCUCUCUCACACCCUCCACCUCACUGUAAUAUUUGACUUAACCCCGUCAGGUGGUGAUUGGCUGACUCCUGAUGUUGUUAUGUUUUUGGUUCAGACUGUGUUGUAAUGUCGACUGAAGCCUCUCAGUCUGUAUCUGCACAUCAUCUGUACUGUAUCAAGCUUCGUCUCUGAUUCGCACUCCUCCUCACAGCCUCUGCAGACAAACUCUGUGUUUCACUGUCUGUAAAUCUGCUGUUUGAACAAAUAAACUAUGAAGGACUGCAGCUACUCAUACUACUCAACAUAAUUACUAACAAACAUAAUUGACAGAUUAUUAAAGUUUACAUCUGUAUGAACAGAGUGAGAGUUGGGCGCUGAUAGUUUUGCAGAUUAAGCAUGCCACUAUAGGAGGUUAUAAUCUUUGUCACAGCAAAGUCCCUUAGCUGCAUGCCUCCCCCUCUCUCUUCCUGUCUCUGUUCAACUGUCCCGUUUAAAAAAGGCAAAAAUGCCCAAAAAUAAAACUUAAAAAAACAAAAAGAAAGCAGACUUAAACUUCAUAUUUCCUGUGACCACCUCUGUGAGUUAACAAAGCUUUACUUCAGACACUCAGGACGUCAUGUGGUGUUUACCUGUGUGUGUGUCUCUGUAGGUGAUCGAGUGCAUCACUCAGGGCCGGGUCCUAGAGCGGCCCAGACUGUGUCCCAAAGAAGUCUACGACAUGAUGCUGGGCUGCUGGCAGAGAGAGCCACAGCAGCGCCUGAACAUUAAAGACAUCCAGAAGAUGCUGUUCACCCUCAUGAAGUCCACACCUGUCUACCUGGACAUACUGGGAUAGACGGGGACAGGACAGAAUGGACCUGUUUCAGGUGGAACUGGAUGAGGACAUGGAUUGAAUUACCCUGGAGCUACAGUCUGGACUCGUGUGGAUUAGGACUUGACCCUGUAUCUGACUUGGAGUCAAAGAUUAGGACUGAUAUGAGGGUAAGGACUGAUCUAAUUGCAGACAGGACUGUAGUGAUCUGGAUCAGUCUGCACAGGGUGUCUUUAAGCUGGGUAGUCUGGUCUGGACUCAUGUGGUACAGUCUCACCUGUUGGACAAAGCCAUGACUAGGGACUGUAUUUGGGGUGUGGGUUUUCAAAACUGGACUGACUUGGUCUGGUCUGGUUUGGUACCAGUGUUUCCUUACCUAUGCAUCUUCAUUUCACCCUGAACUUGUUCAGAGCUGGUUCUGGUUCUGGUUGGGUAUCAGUCCUAGUGGAGUCUGAUCCAGCCUAGUAGGUUUGGACUGAGUUUAGCUUUAGUCCUCAUUAUCCUGCAUCACACUGAUCCCAUCCUCAUUUGUCUUAUAGCAGUCUCUUUGCAAGUCCGGUCCAGGUUUAGAUCAGUCUCACACAGCUAACCAUGAUGGACUGGAGCCAUGUGAGAUGAAGGUUCAGGGGGGUCUGCUGUAGUCUCACAUGGAGAGCUUUUUGAGCCAAACUACAUGUGACCCCUCGUGUAGACCACCAUAGAGUUCAUGUGAGUUAUCCUGUAUCAUUCUGGACCGUGAUGGCAACUCUCAAGAGCUAAACAGGUGAACAUGAACCGUAGUCUUAGCAGUAGCACGAGGUUUAGGAUUUCAGAGUGAAGCCUGGUCCAUGUUUGUCUCCAGCUCAGUACUACUCUGACUGUCGAACCUGCAGGUUUCAGAGACUCAUUUAUCAACUACAAUAAUCUGAACCUGUCCGCUAACAUUAGCUUCAGACUGCCAUCUUUCUUACUGACGCUGAAGCUGCUUUGCUCAGAGUUUGUACCAUUUUUAACUCAGUGUUUCAUUUGAGGAACACUGACAGGUAUACACGGCUAAAUUCACUGAUAGGAUUCUGGCUGCUUGUUGCACUAUGAAUUGAGCAGAUUCACAAACUGAAGUCUGCUGAUAUUGGAACUCAAACACGUCCUGGUGUAGAGUCCACGUACAGUGGAUGAGCUGAUGAAGAGGAAAGACACUUUAAUGAAGGACGUUUCUGACAAAUGUGACACAGAUUCACUCUUCCUUCUGAAAAUUUCUCUCUAAAGCAAAGCAUCAGGAGCAGCUCAUCCACAUUAAAAAAAUCACAACAGACUGUCUCCACAUGUGGACUUAAAGUGCAUACAUGCUGAGUCUGAGCCUCAGACUGAUUUAACCCUUAACUGUAAUGGUAACCGUAAUGUCAGUAUGAUAUGAGCAGAUUUUAUGGGCAGAUGUUUUAUUGUGAACAGAUGGAGAGCUUAAGCGUGACAUACCUUGUAAACACUGUGGUGUAGUCUCCGUCAGUUUACCAGCUUGUGUUUUUAAUUUAAAUAAUCUUUUUCAUAAUCUCUGAAUGGUGGGCAUUAAUAAUCUCUCAUAAGACAGAAAUCUGCUGCAUGAUGAGGCGGGGGAGGCUCUGCAGGUGUGUCUCACCUGAGCAUCAUCUGAACUGUUGAGAUCAGAAUUUAACUGAUACAGACAAGAAAGAGGAGGCCGACCUGCUGAGGUACAGACUGACACAUCUCAGACAGGUAUCACUGAGCAGGUAGAUGAGGUUGAUGUUCGGGUCACAUCAUCACGGUCGACUGACAUCACUCAUUCAAACUCUUCAUUCAUACAUUCAGGCAACGUGAUAAACAGCCUGAGAUCUUUAGUAUUCACCCACUGACAGUCUUCAUCCAUCCAUCCAUCCAUCCAUCCAUCCAUCCAUCCAUCCCAGGUCCUUAAUCUGUCACUCUCCACUGUCUCACCUGGUCCUGACCUCAGAUGAGUCCAGACCCCGUGGUCCUGGUCCUGUAAGCAUCUGGGUCAUAAAGAUGGACCGAAGUGCCUCCUUCUUAUUUCUAAACUAUGAGAACCACAAACUAAACUUUCAGAUAAACAAAGAGCACUUUUACACUUUCUUUACCUGAACACAAGCUGCAGACGCUUUUUCUUACAGACCAACAGACAAAUGAAAAGACAGAGAGACAAACAGACAGAAAAACAAUCAAACAGACAGAAUAACCGUCAGACAAAAAAACAAAACAAAAAGAGAGACAGACAAACAAACAAACAAACAAACAAACAAAAAACAAACAAACAAACACACAAACAAACAAACAAACAAACAAACAGAUGACCAAAUAGACAAACAAACAAAUGGACACAAUGACAAACAAACAGACAAACAGACAGACAGACAGACAAACAAACCAACAGACAGAUGACCAAAUAGACACACAAACAAAUGGACAUAAUGACAAACAAACAGACAAACAAACAAAAAGAGAGACAAACAGACAGACAGAUGAACAAACAUAUGGAUAAACACACAAAAAACAAACAGACGAAUGAACAAACAAUCAGACAAACUAACAGUCUGACAAACAGAUGAACAAACAGACACACAGACAGAUUGACCAACAAACAAACCAUCAGACAAACAGAGAGAAAAACCUACCUUCAGCACUCUGAAUUGCAAAAACACAGAAACAUGAACAAAGUGAUCAAAAUUGAAAAUUAAAAAAAAAAAAGAGAAAACAUAAAAAAAAUAAAAAAACUUUUCUACCUUUCCUGAUGGAUGAGCGUUAGACUCUUGGAGGUGAAAAUUUUUGGUUUUUGGAUAGAAUAAUUUUUAUAUUUUUAAUUUAUUUUGUUUGUAAACAAAGGGUGGGUCUCUGCCACGCUUCAAAGCCAUCAAAAUUACCUGACACUGUCCUUUACACAAGUGAAACGGGUAACCUGGAGAAACACUGGGAUCCUCGUCUUCUACAGGGUAGCCCUGAUAACUCACCUGGAUCAGGUGGUGAACAGCUGUUUGGACACAGACAGGAUGAGGACAGAGCGUCCCGUGGACGGAGGGACAGUGUUUCAGGGUUACCUGUUAAUGAAUGUACAUACUGUAAAUCUGACAGACAGGUAUUAUUUAAUCAUCCUCCAGGUGUGCAGUUAUACAGAUGUGUUUAGUUUAAAUGAAGGUAAAUUAGACGUGGAUGAUUUCACCUUUAGUUGGUCAUGUGACAUGGUGUCUCAAAAUGGACAGUAUGGAGGACAUCUGUGAUGUUACAGAACAGAGACUACUGAACCGUUCAGAGUCCAAGUACUGAAUCCACAUGUAAAGUGAUCCAAAAUUAAUCCAUGUCAAUCCAAAUUACCAGGUUAAUCCAGUUCACCAGUUUAACACCUAAUACAGGUUAAUCCAGAUCUAAAAAGUACACUUCAAACCACACACUUUUCCAAAAUCCACUCACACUGACAGAUCCUCUGGUUUCAGAUAAUUCAUGUGUAUAAGGCUAUUUGGUGAAAUAUUUAGAGUAAUAAUCUUCAGUUUUUCCACUAACCUGAUUUUUCAUUAAUCUCUUGAACUUUAAACUUUUAGUCUCAGGUUCGUCCGCCUGUCAACUCGAUCAGUGAGACCAGAAUGUAAAACCACCCUCACAAGCUGACCAUUUCUGUUUCUGUUUCUGAACAUCUGUUUGUGAAUACCUGUCAGUGAACAUUUGUUCCUAAAAGUUUCUGAAUGUCAAUGAACGUCUGUUUCUGUUUGUUUCUGAGUGUCAGUUGUUGAAAGUCUGUUUCUGAAGGUUUGAGAGGUUAAGGAAAGCAUCAGUGAGAGCAGCUUUAUAUAAACAUUUAUCACUGUAAGGGACAGUGACCAUCACUGUGCUCCAAGUUUAGAGGACAUUUUUAGGGCCUGUGUCCACUGACUGUGUUUCUGUGAAUGCAGCCGCAGCUGUCUUAACAAACUCAAAAAUAUCUGAAUCUUAACGCUUAGUAGGUUUAAGAGGGAGCAAAAGACACUGUCCUCACUCAAAGCAAAAGACACUGUCCUCAGCUUUAGGUAAGACACUGUCCUCUUUUUAAGGUAGAGACACUAUCCUUAGUUUUAGUAAAGACACUGUCCUCACUCUGAGUUAAAGACACUGUUCUCAGUUUUGAGUGAAGACUCUGCCCUCUGUUUUAAGUAAAGACACUGAACUUUGUUUAAAGUAAGGUCACUGUCCUCAAUUUCAAAUAAAGACACGUCCUCAGUUUUAGGUAAAGACACUGUCCUCAGUCUGAGUUAAUAACACUGUCCUCACUCUGAGUCAAAGACACUGUCUUCUGUUUUAGGUGAGGACACUGUCCUCAGUCUAAGAUAAGGACAGUGUCCUCAGUGUAAGUCAAAGACACUGUCCUCAGUUUUAGGUAAAGACUCUGACUUUUAGUCAAAGACAUUGUCCUCAGUUUUAGGUAAAGACAUUGUGCUCAGUUUUUGGCAGAGACACUGUCAUCUGUUUUAAGUAUAGACACUGUCCGCUGUUUUAGGUAGGACACUGUCCUUACUUUGUGUAAAAGACACUUUCCUCACUCUUAGUCAAAGACACUGUCCUCACUCUGAGUCAAAGACAAUGUUCUUACUUUUAGUCAAAGAUACUGUUUUCACUUUGAGUUAAAGACACUUUUCUUUGUUUUAAGUAAAGAUACUGUCCUCUUUUUUAAGUAAAGACAAACAUUUAACCCACUGCUCUGACUGAUGCACAGACGUCCUCAGAGCUGAAUGUGCUAAACCCAGCCUUUAACUUUUUCUGUCUGUUAUUGAACACUCAGAUAUUUGUAAAGAUUUCUGUCUGUCCGUGCUCACAGUGUCAUGUUUCUACUUUUCUAAUCUACUGUUAUUAUUAUUUAGAAGCAUCAUUGUCCCCUCUACAUAAACCUGUCAUUAACUGUUCUUAUUAUCAUACUUAUCUAAUCUGACUGUCCCAUAUACUCAUUUCUCUGUCUUGCAUCAUGUUUAUAUUCCAUAUUUAAAAUGAAUGUGUUAUGGCAGCAUUACACAAAGAUUAGACCUCUCUCUCUCUCUCUCUCUCUCUCUCUCUAUCGCUCUGUCUCUCUCUCUCUCUCUCUUUCUCUCUUUCUCUCUCUCUCUCGCUCUCUCUCUCUCUCUCUCCGUAGUGUGUUGUGUAUCUGCCUCCAUGCAGUCAUGUAAACCUCCCUGUGUAAUGGAUACUUUAAUCUUAUAGACGGUGUUUGUAGAGAGCUGAGAUGUGAUGAACUUUGAGUGUGUGGUUCUAAAUCAUUAAAGUUUCUCCAUCUUCAAACACUCCUCUCUACUUUCUUUACAGAAAAACUAAAUAAAAUCACCAACUGUAGGCUACUUCAUUUACAACGGCUAUAACAUCAAGGUCAAGUGGCUAUCAAGAAUAAGUAUCAACAGAUUGUGAUGUUUUGGAAACCAUUAAAAGUCUAAACUUAGCUAAUAACUGUGCAGAAAUGUUAUUGUCAAAUGAAAGGAACUGUUUAUUUUAAAUUUACUGUCAGCACCAAAAAGAACUAGAAAGCCUGAGAGAACUUUAGUAUUCACCCACUGACAGUCUUCAUCCAUCCAUCCAUCCAUCCAUCCAUCCAUCCAUCCAUCCCAGGUCCUUAAUCUGUCACUCUCCACUGUCUCACCUGGUCCUGACCUCAGAUGAGUCCAGACCCCGUGGUCCUGGUCCUGUAAGCAUCUGGGUCAUAAAGAUGGACCGAAGUGCCUCCUUCUUAUUUCUAAACUAUGAGAACCACAAACUAAACUUUCAGAUAAACAAAGAGCACUUUUACACUUUCUUUACCUGAACACAAGCUGCAGACGCUUUUUCUUACAGACCAACAGACAAAUGAAAAGACAGAGAGACAAACAGACAGAAAAACAAUCAAACAGACAGAAUAACCGUCAGACAAAAAAACAAAACAAAAAGAGAGACAGACAAACAAACAAACAAACAAACAAACAAAAAACAAACAAACAAACACACAAACAAACAAACAAACAAACAAACAGAUGACCAAAUAGACAAACAAACAAAUGGACACAAUGACAAACAAACAGACAAACAGACAGACAGACAGACAAACAAACCAACAGACAGAUGACCAAAUAGACACACAAACAAAUGGACAUAAUGACAAACAAACAGACAAACAAACAAAAAGAGAGACAAACAGACAGACAGAUGAACAAACAUAUGGAUAAACACACAAAAAACAAACAGACGAAUGAACAAACAAUCAGACAAACUAACAGUCUGACAAACAGAUGAACAAACAGACACACAGACAGAUUGACCAACAAACAAACCAUCAGACAAACAGAGAGAAAAACCUACCUUCAGCACUCUGAAUUGCAAAAACACAGAAACAUGAACAAAGUGAUCAAAAUUGAAAAUUAAAAAAAAAAAAAGAGAAAACAUAAAAAAAAUAAAAAAACUUUUCUACCUUUCCUGAUGGAUGAGCGUUAGACUCUUGGAGGUGAAAAUUUUUGGUUUUUGGAUAGAAUAAUUUUUAUAUUUUUAAUUUAUUUUGUUUGUAAACAAAGGGUGGGUCUCUGCCACGCUUCAAAGCCAUCAAAAUUACCUGACACUGUCCUUUACACAAGUGAAACGGGUAACCUGGAGAAACACUGGGAUCCUCGUCUUCUACAGGGUAGCCCUGAUAACUCACCUGGAUCAGGUGGUGAACAGCUGUUUGGACACAGACAGGAUGAGGACAGAGCGUCCCGUGGACGGAGGGACAGUGUUUCAGGGUUACCUGUUAAUGAAUGUACAUACUGUAAAUCUGACAGACAGGUAUUAUUUAAUCAUCCUCCAGGUGUGCAGUUAUACAGAUGUGUUUAGUUUAAAUGAAGGUAAAUUAGACGUGGAUGAUUUCACCUUUAGUUGGUCAUGUGACAUGGUGUCUCAAAAUGGACAGUAUGGAGGACAUCUGUGAUGUUACAGAACAGAGACUACUGAACCGUUCAGAGUCCAAGUACUGAAUCCACAUGUAAAGUGAUCCAAAAUUAAUCCAUGUCAAUCCAAAUUACCAGGUUAAUCCAGUUCACCAGUUUAACACCUAAUACAGGUUAAUCCAGAUCUAAAAAGUACACUUCAAACCACACACUUUUCCAAAAUCCACUCACACUGACAGAUCCUCUGGUUUCAGAUAAUUCAUGUGUAUAAGGCUAUUUGGUGAAAUAUUUAGAGUAAUAAUCUUCAGUUUUUCCACUAACCUGAUUUUUCAUUAAUCUCUUGAACUUUAAACUUUUAGUCUCAGGUUCGUCCGCCUGUCAACUCGAUCAGUGAGACCAGAAUGUAAAACCACCCUCACAAGCUGACCAUUUCUGUUUCUGUUUCUGAACAUCUGUUUGUGAAUACCUGUCAGUGAACAUUUGUUCCUAAAAGUUUCUGAAUGUCAAUGAACGUCUGUUUCUGUUUGUUUCUGAGUGUCAGUUGUUGAAAGUCUGUUUCUGAAGGUUUGAGAGGUUAAGGAAAGCAUCAGUGAGAGCAGCUUUAUAUAAACAUUUAUCACUGUAAGGGACAGUGACCAUCACUGUGCUCCAAGUUUAGAGGACAUUUUUAGGGCCUGUGUCCACUGACUGUGUUUCUGUGAAUGCAGCCGCAGCUGUCUUAACAAACUCAAAAAUAUCUGAAUCUUAACGCUUAGUAGGUUUAAGAGGGAGCAAAAGACACUGUCCUCACUCAAAGCAAAAGACACUGUCCUCAGCUUUAGGUAAGACACUGUCCUCUUUUUAAGGUAGAGACACUAUCCUUAGUUUUAGUAAAGACACUGUCCUCACUCUGAGUUAAAGACACUGUUCUCAGUUUUGAGUGAAGACUCUGCCCUCUGUUUUAAGUAAAGACACUGAACUUUGUUUAAAGUAAGGUCACUGUCCUCAAUUUCAAAUAAAGACACGUCCUCAGUUUUAGGUAAAGACACUGUCCUCAGUCUGAGUUAAUAACACUGUCCUCACUCUGAGUCAAAGACACUGUCUUCUGUUUUAGGUGAGGACACUGUCCUCAGUCUAAGAUAAGGACAGUGUCCUCAGUGUAAGUCAAAGACACUGUCCUCAGUUUUAGGUAAAGACUCUGACUUUUAGUCAAAGACAUUGUCCUCAGUUUUAGGUAAAGACAUUGUGCUCAGUUUUUGGCAGAGACACUGUCAUCUGUUUUAAGUAUAGACACUGUCCGCUGUUUUAGGUAGGACACUGUCCUUACUUUGUGUAAAAGACACUUUCCUCACUCUUAGUCAAAGACACUGUCCUCACUCUGAGUCAAAGACAAUGUUCUUACUUUUAGUCAAAGAUACUGUUUUCACUUUGAGUUAAAGACACUUUUCUUUGUUUUAAGUAAAGAUACUGUCCUCUUUUUUAAGUAAAGACAAACAUUUAACCCACUGCUCUGACUGAUGCACAGACGUCCUCAGAGCUGAAUGUGCUAAACCCAGCCUUUAACUUUUUCUGUCUGUUAUUGAACACUCAGAUAUUUGUAAAGAUUUCUGUCUGUCCGUGCUCACAGUGUCAUGUUUCUACUUUUCUAAUCUACUGUUAUUAUUAUUUAGAAGCAUCAUUGUCCCCUCUACAUAAACCUGUCAUUAACUGUUCUUAUUAUCAUACUUAUCUAAUCUGACUGUCCCAUAUACUCAUUUCUCUGUCUUGCAUCAUGUUUAUAUUCCAUAUUUAAAAUGAAUGUGUUAUGGCAGCAUUACACAAAGAUUAGACCUCUCUCUCUCUCUCUCUCUAUCGCUCUGUCUCUCUCUCUCUCUCUUUCUCUCUUUCUCUCUCUCUCUCGCUCUCUCUCUCUCUCUCUCUCUCCGUAGUGUGUUGUGUAUCUGCCUCCAUGCAGUCAUGUAAACCUCCCUGUGUAAUGGAUACUUUAAUCUUAUAGACGGUGUUUGUAGAGAGCUGAGAUGUGAUGAACUUUGAGUGUGUGGUUCUAAAUCAUUAAAGUUUCUCCAUCUUCAAACACUCCUCUCUACUUUCUUUACAGAAAAACUAAAUAAAAUCACCAACUGUAGGCUACUUCAUUUACAACGGCUAUAACAUCAAGGUCAAGUGGCUAUCAAGAAUAAGUAUCAACAGAUUGUGAUGUUUUGGAAACCAUUAAAAGUCUAAACUUAGCUAAUAACUGUGCAGAAAUGUUAUUGUCAAAUGAAAGGAACUGUUUAUUUUAAAUUUACUGUCAGCACCAAAAAGAACUAGAAAAGCACUCGGAGAGUGCAGACCUCCGCCAAGCAUAUAUUGUGAUUCACACCAAAAUUUUCAGUGUUACGUGUCUUUUAUUAACUUUUAUUUGUGUUUAAACUGGUAUGUUCACUGUUCAUAAUGUUCCUAAAACAAGAAAUGCCCUGACCCA